UUCUCAGCUGCAGAAUCUCACUGCUCUGAAGAUCAAGAAGCAAAGUUCUUCAGCAGCCCUGCAAUCUCCAGAGUGGAAAUUUGUGAGACCAGCUACUUUGAUUAAAAUUCUGUUGGACUCUGCUCGGCUAAUAAAUCUAUGCAAGAUUUCAUCAUGGGAAAUGGCUAUUACAACAUAGUGGCUACUGUGCUAUUGGUCAUGAAUCUUGAGAGGACACGAUCAUUGCAGGGUUUCUGUAACUGUUCAGCAGGUACUUUCUGUGGGAAAAGCAGUCUGGAGCCUUGCAUUUCUUGUCCUUUAAAUAGUUUCUCCAGCACAAGUGGACAGAAGUCCUGUGACAUAUGCAGAAAGUGUGAAGGUAUUUUCAGGAUCAAGAAGCCGUGUUCCCCCACCAGCAAUGCAGAGUGUGAAUGCAUUUCGGGAUUCCACUGCCAAGGGGCAGGAUGUUCCAUGUGUGCAAAGGACUGUAAACAAGGUCAAGAAUUAACAAAUGAGGGUUGUAAAGACUGCUCUUUUGGGACAUUUAAUGAUCAGGAACACGGCAUCUGUCGACCUUGGACAGACUGUUCUUUGAAUGGAAAGGCUGUCCUUGUAAACGGGACGAAGGAAAGUGACGUAGUGUGUGGACCACCGCCACCUGACUUCUCUCCAGGUGCAUCCUCCACCAUCGUGCCUGCCUCUGGGAGAGAGCCAGGUCUCACCUCCCAGAUCAUCAUCUUCUUCCUUGCCCUGACAUCAGCUGCCAUGCUGUGCCUGGCAACCUUCGUGUUUCUCCGUUUCUCUGUGGUUAAACAGGGCAGAAAGAAGCUCCUGUAUAUAUUCAAACAACCAUUUAUGAGACCAGUACAAACAGCCCAAGAGGAAGAUGCCUGCAGCUGCCGAUUUCCAGAAGAAGAGGAAGGAGAGUGUGAACUGUGAAGAUGUGUUGGGACUCUCUUGAGAAGAAUCACAGGAGAAAUAUGAAGAAUCCCACUAUUGUACUUUCUAAAACAUCAUUCCAGAUCACAUCCAGGAUUACCCCAACAAACUUUUCCUAAAUGCUAAAUGAAUUGGCCUUUGAAGAUGUACCACUUUUAACAGAACAGAAAAAUGGGACAGAACUGGUGGUGAAGGGGGCAUUUUGUAGAUACUGCUUAAGAGGUUCAGACUAGUUUUCUUGAAACCCAGAGAAGUAUAUUUUAAAUUUAAUCAUGGAAUCCAAUGGUACAGCUAAAAUGAUAAUCAAAAUCAGUUCUAUUUUUUUUUUCUGGUGCUCAUAGACAUGUGUCGAUAAGCCAUAAGAUGCGGACAAUAUCCCCGACCAGAUUUUCCACCGGUCAAGCAUCCUCAACAAGGGCCUCCUCCACUGUCGGGGGAGAGAAUGAUGACAAUCAUCAGCAUGGCCCAAGUUUGGGGUCAAGAGCAAAAAAAUGAAAAAAAAAAAAAAAAAAAGGGCAGACCUUGGGACUUCCCUGGUGGUGUAGCAGUCAAGACUCCAUACUCCCAAUGCAGAGGGCAUGGGUUUGAUCACUGGUUGAGGAGCUAAGAUUCCCUCAUGCUGUGUGAUGCAGUCAAAAAAAAAAAAAGGGAAAAAAAGAAAAAAAAAGCAGACCUUGAUUGAAGAGUUCUGAAAAGAGUCUAUGGGUAUCCUGUGGUCCUCUCCAUCUUCACAUCUUCUACCUUUGUCCUACUCCCCUCUGAGUCACAACUUACUUUUUUAUAUUCUUAAAAAACUUUAACCAUAAUAUUUGAUACACAUAAACUAGGAGACCCAUGAACACAUCACCCAACCAAGAAAGAGUUGCCAAACUCCCAUGGGCCAAAUCUGAGAUGCCGUGUGCCUUCAUAUGGUUUUGCAUGUAUAAAUAGUUAAAAGCAAAUCAAAAUAAGAAUAUUAUCUCAUGACACAUAAAAUUAGCAUGACACAUAAAAACUCAAAUUUUGGAGUCUGUAAGUAAGUUUUUUUUGGAAAACACAAGCCACCCUCAGGUACCCUUUGCAUUACAGCAACAGAAUUGAGUAGUUGUGACAGAGACUGUCUGGUUCACAAAGCCUAGAAUAUUUAAUAACUGACAUAUAGGGUCAAAGUCAGGAUCAGAGCAUCCAUCCUGUACUCCUUCCCUCCUACAUCUCCUAUCCACCUUCCCACCCCAAACCCAGAAACUUCUCACAGGAAUGUUGUCUAUCAUUUUCCUGCUUUUAAAAAACCCAUUUAUCAUACAAUUAUGUACCCCACAAUUAGUUUACUUACUUUUGUUUGUUAUUGACCUUUAUGAAAAUGGUAUUGUGCCGUACGGAAAUUUAUUGUGCUUUAAUCACUGGAAAGUAUAUUUAUAAGACUCACUCAUGUUAUUUUGUAUAGCUAGAAUGCUUUCAUUUUGAUUACUGUAUAGUCUUGCAAAUAUACUAUUAUUUAUCAACUCCA